AUGGCGACGCACCCGGCCUCCCCGACGGCCGGCGCUGGUGGCGACAGGUCGCCGUCUGGCCCGCCGCCGGUGCGCUUGUCCGCGGCGCAGGCGGUGGCGGCGAUCCAGCCCAACUCGCCGCGGUACUUCUUCUCCUCGCUGGCUGCCGCCUCCGCCGCGGCGUCCUCCCCGCACCGCCGCAUCGGCAUCGCCGUCGACCUCUCCGACGAGUCCGCCUUCGCCGUCAAGUGGGCCGUCCAGAACUACCUCCGCCCCGGGGACGCCGUCGUGCUGCUCCACGUCCGCCCCACCUCCGUGCUCUACGGCGCCGACUGGGGCUCCAUCCCGGUCUCCGUCGACGACGACCCCGACGCCGACAUCGCCGAGGGCGCGGCGCGCGCUGCGGCCGCCGAGGAGGAGCCCGAGGAGGCCAAGAAGAAGCGGGAGGAGGAGUUCGACGCCUUCACGUCCACCAAGGCGCAGGACCUUGCGCAGCCGCUCAACGGCGCGCAGAUCCCCUUCAAGAUCCACAUCGUCAAAGACCACGACAUGAAGGAGCGCCUCUGCCUCGAGGCCGAGCGCCUCGGCCUGUCCGCCAUGAUCAUGGGCAGCCGAGGAUUCGGUGCCUCCCGCAGGGCCGGGAAAGGGAGGCUCGGGAGCGUCAGUGACUACUGCGUGCACCACUGCUUCUGCCCCAUUGUGGUUGUGCGCUACCCAGAUGAUGCUUUCGGGGAUGAGCUGCGAACGGUGCCUGAAAAUGAGCCUGUGUAUCAUGAGGCGCCGGAGGCGCAGAAAGGUUUGUCUUAUUGCUUCAUCUUCUAUUUCCAUGGUGUUUGGUUCAUCCUCAGGUAA